UAUUCAGCGACUAUUGCCUUUAUCAGUGAAAAUCUUUGUUUUCCUCAAAAAAAAACCGAGUAGAACAAGUCUUAGAAGAUGCUUUUUGUCCUUCCGCGUAGGUCUUUUUAUCACUUAGGCAAACCUUCAUUCUCCUCCAAAUCUUCUGUUAGAAGUCCAGUUUUAGUCUCUAACUCAUCAGAGUUUCUACUGUAUGAGUUACGCUUCCUGUGUUAAGUCGACGUCCACCAAGAAGAGCUCAACUCCACCUGCGGAAAAGAACAACUUCUCACGACACGACACUACCACUACCAGCACGACGACGCCCUCUUUGUUCUACCUCCCUGAAAACCUUACCUUUGACAAGUUUUGCACUACUCUCCACAACUUUGUAGAACAAAAGUCCAAUGCGCUUGCGUCUGCGGUUUGUAGUGGUCCCGCCGGAAAUGGAACAAUAACUGCAGUGACCGAUUACAUCGCUUCCACCUACUCCGAAAAGAAACACCAAUUAGCCGCGAUAUCUUCGUACCUGAAUUCUUAUUUCCCGGACGACGAGAAAAACAAAAGCAGAAAAGCCCGGUCAGGCAGCAAGAAAUUGUUGACCCGGCGGCAGAAGCGGAAUUUGAAGCGGUAUUUGAGGAGGCAACAGCGGAGGAAAGAUAAAGAAGAUACUACUUUGUCCUCCGACACUGCCACAAGCGAGAACAACGCUGACGAAGAGGAAGACACAAAAAUGGUGAAGCGCAACAAGAUGAAAAACGCCGUCGCCAAGGGCGAAGGCGGCACGAAGGCGAAUAAGCGGAACCAACAACGGAAAAAGGGCAAGAUGAAAUCCGGCGGCGAAGGAAACAAUCAGACCGGAGGUGGUGGGGCCAGCCCGAAGAUGGGUAACAAGAAGAAGACGAAAAGGGGCGGCCGGAAGUUCAACAAAAACCGCAGGGGGAGCAAGGAGCGAGGUGGGAAUAAUAAUGACAAAAAUGGAAACCAGCAAGGAUCUGCAGCAAACCGUCCGGCAAGGCCGAAGAAGGUGCAGUGGGCUCCGGUGGCGGCGAAGUUUGUGAAGUUUCGGAAUUAUGCUCUGUUGACGAAGUGCAAGCAGUACGUGGAAGAGGCCCUGGAAUCACUGAAGGACAACGGAAUUUUCAUCGAGAACACGGCGCGGCUGCAGGUAUGCAAUGCAAAAGCAUCGGACUAGUAGUAUAAAUUGCAUUACAAAGUAGCCCAGCAUUACAAAUUGAAUUCCGUAAUGCUGAUUUACCUUGAAAAAGAGAUUUGUCAUGCAAAAAUGCAAUUUUUACUACGAGUGCGAUACUUUUGCACAGGAUAGCAGGCGACGAGCGACGACGAAGAAGAGGAGGAGGAUAUCAAAAUGAAAAAUCCCCCCUCCCCAUACCGAAACGGCAUGACUCGGAAAAUUUGUGUUGCUGAUUUCUUGAGACCACAAAUCACGCCUGUCUUGCAAGAAGACAAAUGCAGAGGCUUCCGGGCCAUUAUGGAAGCGAUUCGGCAUGCUGUUGGGCCUAGGGGGCAGCCGUCUGCAAUGCUAAAUAGCUAGACCCAGACGCCCUCACCUAGGCUGAGGAUCUAGCUGCGAUUCCUUAUUGCAAGAGGGCGCGCAUCUGUGUACGGAAAUCCCGCAUCAGAAACUUCGUCUCGACAUGGGGAGGGGGUAUUUUUCCUUGCAAUAGAAGAAGAAGAGUCAGGUGAAGAUGACUGGGACAGCGAUGUGGAGGACGAUGCGCAUAAAGAUUUGAAAGCCAUGCUGGAUGACGGGGAGGAGGGUGAAGAGGAUGAGGACGAAGAUUAUCGACGGGAAAUUUAAUACCGUGCACGUGUAUCAUCUGGAUAUCCAGCCAUUUUUGCAUGGUAACUUUGACACGCAUGAUCUCUUUCGUAUCUUAUUCAACAUUGCGAAUUUGGAUUUCUCUACUGUACUUGUGUACCUGUAGCUGCGCGAGCACGGCAAAUUUGUGUAGUUCCAUAAAGCUGACGACGAGGAUAUGAGCGACGAAGAUGACGAGGACGACCAGGACAACGACUCACACAUGCUAUCCAGGAAAAAAAGUGUGUAAGUGUAACUUUCAUUGAGGAACAGCAUCACAAAUUUGGUCUACAUGACAGAGAAAACCUGUCAUGCGCAUCUAGUACCUGAAAACACGAAGGAAAGACCCUUUGAUGCACAUCCAGCAUGACAAGUGUGGCACUUUUGCACUUUCUGCAUCACAAAUUUACACUCACAUAGUUUUUUUCUUGCAUACAUGCAAGACGAAGACGACUACUCCCGCUCGGGUGGGGAGCAAGACUAUUCACAGAAAAUUAUUCCCGUACACAUACAAAUGUGCUCUCUGCAUGACAAAACUUAGCUCCGAUCCUACGCUAGCAUGACAAAUUUUACAGUCCCAAUUGGACGAGAAAUUUGUGAUGCAUCUUGUACAUGUACGGGAGAUUUGUAUUGCAUAACGACCAGUCCAGCCACCACGACGAGCCUCCGUUCCAACCGGCGCCGGUCCCGGGAUUAACUGGCACCGCUACCGGGACCAGGACGACUCUCCGCCCCCUGAAACCCUUAGUCCCGCUUGCGAAGGCGAACGCCGUCGGGGGCGCGUUGGCGAAGGCGACAAGCUCGGUGAUUGCAAAUCUGACGAAGCAACUGCCGCCCCAGGGCGGGCCAAAGUACAACUUGACGAAGCCGACCGGGCCGGCGGUCGCGGCACCGAAUACCGGCGGGGUGUCGUGGACGACGAAGAGUGCCGCGGAAAUUUACAAGGAGAAAAUGCGGAAUAACAGCAACUAUACAUUGCAAAAGCAUCGCGCUCGACGUAGUUGGUGUAGUUGCAACACUGCAUGACAGAUGUACCUUCUUACCUCAAUCAGCAUUACAAAUACAAAUUCCACUUUUGCUGCUAAAAUCAAAUUUGUGACGCGCUUUCUACUAAGUGCAAUGCUCUUGCGAUGCAUAGCAACAAACUGAUCAACCCGCCGGUCGAUGAGCGAACGCAGGAGAUCCACACGAAGAUCAAGCUCUCCUAUAGCCACUACUACUUCCAAAAUGUAGCGAAAAGGCAGAACUUACCCGCGUACCAGAAACAGUGCCACUUCCUCGUUGCGGUGUCGAAAGCAGAUGUGGUGGUUCUCUGUGCGGAAACCGGUAGUGGUAUCCACAGUAAAUUUCCUGUACAUGUACAAAUGCGGUUUCUGCAUGACAAAGUUCUCUUCUACAUUCUAUUCAGCAUGACAAGUGGCAUGCUCCAAGUUGGUGACAUUUGUGAUGCAUUUUGUACAUGUACAGGAAAUUUGUAUUGCAUAAGUGGUAAGACGACACAAUUACCCCAGUUGCUGAUGGAGUUUUGGGCGAAGGAAAGUCAGUACCAGGCAAACGAAAAAACGAAAGCGUUGGCCGCCGGCUAUCAAUUGCAAAUAUGUCUGGGUCUGGAAGGUGGCAACUUGUCAUGGUAAAUCUGAAGCAUGCAAAAAUCUGUGUUGCAUGAGUGCCAAAAGCUGUCCACUUUUGACCAAGUUGGAAGGCGGUUUCUCAUGCAGGAUAGGCAUGGCAGAGACCUCGCAGAGUCUGUCAUACUAAUUUCCGCAUUCCGGACCUCAUGGAAAAUCUGCAUGAGAAGUUUACACUUUUCCAGACCCAGACAUUUUUGCACUUGAUACCGGCUUGGAAAAAUCGAAAGAAGACGACUACUACCGAUCCCCUCCCGGCCGCAUCCGGAAGAUCAUCUGUACACAGCCGCGACGCAUUUCCGCCACCUCCGUCGCGGAGCGGGUGGCGUGGGAACGGGGGGAGAACAUCGGGGAAAAAAUCGGGUACCAGGUCCGAUUCGACCGCAUGAUCAGCAGGGAGAAAACGGAGUUGAUCUACUGCACGGUCUAUCAAAUGCAAAAAUGUCUGGGUCUGGAAGAAUGCAGCUUGUGAUGCUGCAUUUGGAUUCCAGAAAAAUCUGUAUUGCAUGAGUACCAAAAGGAAUGCAAUUUUUGCUACGCGGAGAGGGCAUUUGUCAUGCGGAAUAGGCAUCCAGAAGCCGUCAAAAAAUCUGUGAUGCUAGGGCAUGCAUCACAGACAUCAGGGCUCAUGCAAAACGUGCAUGACAAGUGUCAGAAUCUUCCAGACCCAGACAUUUUUACAGUUGAUACGGUCGGGAUUUUGCUGAAGCAAUUAGAGUCCGACCCGUUGUUACCCGAAUACGACGCGUAUCCUGUGCAAAAGUAUCGUACUCGUAUUGCAGUCAUGCAUUACAAAUCUUUUUCUUAAGGUAAAUCCGCAUUACAAAUUUUAUCUCUUAUGCUGAGAAAAUUUGUAAUGCAUUUGUACGAGUACGAUACUUUUGCAGUUCAUAACGCGAUCAUUGUCGACGAGGUGCACGAGAGGGGGGUGGCGACGGACUUUUUGCUGUUGAUCCUUCGCGAUGUGUUGAAAGUCCGAGCAACCACGCCUAUUGACAUCGGGGACGGGGAGAAGAAGUUGAUUUAUCCUCUGCAAAAGCAUUGCACUCGUAGUUCUGAUUGCAACAAUGCAUGACAAAUCUAGUAACCUUCUACCUGGGUUAGCAUCACAAAUGCAAUUCUUAGAAACCUACGGAAAAAUUAUUUGUAAUGCAGUUUAUACUAGUGCGAUGCCUUUGCAAUGCAUAUGAUCCCGUUGAAGCUGAUUCUCAUGUCCGCGACGAUCGACGCCAACGCCAUGGCGGACUACUUUGAGAAAGGGGUGUCGGAACUGGUUGCGAAGGAACAGGAGAAGGAAAAGGAAAAAAAGGAGAAAAACAAAGACAAGGACAAGGACAAAGACGCGGCGAUUAAGGACAAAAACGUCGCCACAGCAGCUGCAGCUGCCUCCACGACUGACUCGAAUAAUAAACUCGACGGCUUUCAGCUAAAAACCGCGCUCUGUGAAAUGCCGGGUGCGACGGUGUACCCGAUUGAAGAAAUAUGAAACGUAAAAAUGUCUGGGUCUGGAAGAAUGGAAGGUCUGUCAUGCUCUGCCAGCAUGACCCCAAAGUCUGUCAUGCACGUUACCCAAGAGCCCCGUUUUUUUGUCAUGCAGAAACGCAGUAUGUCAUGCAGAAUAGGCAACACCCCGAAGCUCAGAAACUUGUCAUGCUGAGCCAGCACUUGUGGCCGCCUCAUGAUACUCCAACCAGCAUCACAAGUUUCCAGACCCAGACAUUUUUGCAUUUGAUAGGAAAAAUACCUCAACGAUUUGCUGCCCGACAUCGCACCGGAGUUCGGGAUCAAGGGGGUGAACAAGGACCCGACGUAUAAGCCGUAUAAAUUCAAAACCCCGAUGGGCAAGGAGUUUCAGAACAUGAAGCAACGCAUGAUGCAAGGGGAACGGCAAUGGAUGUACACGGGGGAUUUCGAAGUUUCCAGGUUCGACGCGGAGAUGAUCGCGCGGAUUGUCGAGUACAUUCACUUAUGAAAUGCAAAAGCAUCGUACUAGUAUAAAUCGCAUGACAAAUCUUCUCAGCAUGAGAAGGACAAUUUGUAAUGUCGAUUUAUUAACCUGAGAAAGAAAUUUGUAAUGCAUGUUAGCAAAAAUCACUACGAGUAAGAUACUUUUGCACAGGAUAUCACUACGUGUUGGAGGAGAAGCAAAAGGAUGAACCGGGCGCGAUCAUGAUUUUCGUCCCCGGGUGGCGGGAAAUUUGCGACGUGUGUACGUUGUUGCAGAACACGGUGUUUCAAAACCGGGACGAAUAUUUGAUCUUGCGUUUGCACUCCACAGUCGAGAAGCGCGAGCAGUUAUCGCAAGAAAAAACUGUUUCACUGUAAACUUGUAAUGCAGAAAAUGCAUCUGAGAGGUGUUUGUCUUGCUACACAUGCAAGACAAUGGAUUUUUAGCCGUGUUUUCCCUUAGGAAUCUCGCAUGGCAAAUUUUCUCUGUGAUGUAGGACAAACUUGUGAUGCAAAACUUGCAAAAUCCUUACAGUGAAACACUUUUUUCGUAGGAUAGCAGUCUCGGGUCUUUGAUUUACCGGAAAAAGGAGUCCGGAAGAUCAUUGUCGCCACCAACAUCGCGGAAACUAGUAUCACCGUUUCCGAUAUCGUCCACGUGAUUGACUCCGGGUGGCACCGAGCGGUCGCGUACAACCCGAGCACGAACAGCUCCGGUUUGGAAACCCUCUUCGUCGCGAAGUCGAACGUGCGGCAGCGGAGAGGUCGGGCGGGGCGGUGCCGGCCGGGAAAGUUUUUUGCGGCGUACACGAAAAAGCAGUAUGACCACUUCGAACUGCAGGAAAAACCAGAGAUGCUCCGCACGCCCGUGGAGAGCUUGGUUUUGCAAUUAAAAGCCAUGAACCCAAAUUUAGGUAUCGGUCGGAACGAAUCGGUUGCUAAGAUCUUACAGCGCGCGAUCGCGCCGCCGGAACGGAAAGCGGUGGAAAACGCAAUUCAAUUGCUGGAAGCUUUGGGUGCGAUCCGGCGGAUUGAAAUGAAAGACCAACCGAAAGACGAGGAGAUACAGGCAGCCGCGGAUAAACUAGCGGCCAUCACGAACCCAACAGUUGCUGGAACAGCGGCAAGUACAACUGGCGCAGCAGCUGCUGGUGCUUUAGUCUUGAAACCAAACCCGAAUAGCUUGCAGCUCGCAGCGGCAAAUGCAGCGACCAAGCCGAAGCUCACCCCCUUGAUGUCCGCGGUCGCGGCACAAAAGCAGCUGCAGGCGAGUCAGCAGGUCUUGCUUGCAGCGGGGAGGUUUGCCGGGAAGGGGAUCCAAACAACGGUGAUGGCAGCUGCGAACAUGAAAGGUGGUAUGAAACCUGGCGGGAUGAUGAUGAACAACAUGGCGAACAAAAUGGUGGGAGCUGCUGGUGCAAUGACCCGCACGGUAAAUAACCAGAUAAUGGUUCAGAACGGCAAAGGACAGAUGGUCCCCGCACUGGCAGGUGGUGCCGCUAACGGAAAGAACGCGGGCCAGCUUGCAGAACUUCUGGAGAAAGAGCAGGAGAAGAUCCGAGAGAAAAUGGAGGAAAUCAAAGAAAACGCCAUCCCCCGGAAGGAGUACUACGAGGUCUUAACACCUAUCCUGUGCAAAAUCAUCGUACUCGUACUAAUUGCAUUUAUGCAUUACAAAUCUAGUUCCUAAGGCAAAUCCGCAUUACAAAUUCAAUUUGUAAUGCUGAGGCAAUUUGUAUUGCAAUUGCUACUAGCACGAUGUUUUUGCAAUUCAUAAUCCCCCUAGGCCGGCAACUCUCCCAGGUUCCGUUACACCCGACGCUGGCGCGGUUGUUUCUGCUCGGGGAUUUGUUCUCCAAGGCGUUGAAUCUACCGAAGUUGUAUGAGCAGAUCACGAUUGUGGCGUGCGGAAUCAUAUGGAUUGCAAAUUUGUCUGGAUCUGGAAGAGUGGAAGUGGAACUUGUAAUGCUGUCUGCGGAUUCUAAAAAUAUCUGUGUUGCAUGAGCAGCAAGAGGAGUCAGCUCUUGGCACGCGGAGAGGGCGUUUCUCAUGCGUAACUAGCAUCAAGAAGCCCUCAAAAGAUCUGUGAUCCUAGCACCAGCAUCACAGACCUCACGGGUCAUGCAAAAUGUGCAUGACAGGCCCCGACUCUUCCAGACCCAGACAUUUUUGCAGUUGAUAAAUCACGCAGAAAUCGCCCUUCUGCCGGGUCCGGCAGGACAUGGAGCACCAAGCGAUUGCGAUGCGGUAUGAGAGUGCACAACCCCCCCUCCUCCUCACUUGGAAGUUGUACAGCCUGAACGGCAAUACGCGCAUCAGCAGAAGUGCCAGUUUUGCAUGACAAAUUUGCACUGGAGUGUACUAGUGCUACUUAGUUGGGCUACUAGAACUUGUCAUGCAAACAGAGCCAAGAGGCAAAGGGUGGAUUGGGUAUUUUGCAUGACAAACGAGGGGGGGGAGUUGUGCACUGUCAUAUGCGGGAAAAAAAAGCGGAAAACACGUUCUCCGACCACGUGCUGCUGGCGAAGAUUUACAAGGAUUACAUGCGGAAAAACGGGAUCACCUUCGACAACAUGCAAGACCCGUACGAUAACUGGGAUAAUUGGGACGGCUGGGGCUCCAACUACAAUUCGCAGCGAAACAACCGCGGAAUGAUGGGCUCUUUUGUGAGUGCGGAUGACGAGUUUCUCGAUCAGGUCACCUUGGAAAACAACACGAAACAGUUUGAGGAGCUGAACACACGGAUGCAAACCGGAUAUAUGAAAACGUACUACUUUCAGAUAAAUUUACUUACUUUUGUGUGGGAUUGAUAUCACGAUCACGAAGAUCAAGAAAGACAAGAUCAUCAAGAUCAAAAUCACAUAUAAAUCAAACCUUCGUACCAUACGGUCGGCGGCAAGUUGCUGGUUUUAUUCUAUCCGGCCCUUAUACUUGACCUCCUCUAUCCCAAUGGUACUAGAGCAAACUUUCAAAGCGAAAAAAAUCUUGCUCGGAGUGUGUCUCAGCCUGUUUCACUUUCUUGGCUGAGAUUAUGCUCAGCUCCUAUCCGAUUCUGUGAAGGGCGUCGAGUGAUCUCGUACAGACAUACUUGCUUUUGUGCACGACAACUGCCAGCGUCUCUAACUUAAAUUUGAAACGUAAGCAUACCAUGCAGUAUAAUUUUACCCCCGACGGUAUUAUUGCUCUCUUGUUUCAGUCAUUAUGGUACCGUCGUGAGUGACGUUAUCCUCCAUGCUAUCAUGAUCCUCUUUGAAAGUACGUCAGCAAAUCACAAAAUUAAAAAGAACAGCUUCACCGUCGUAAAAUCGCUUGGCGACAGUGGUGUGCAGGAGAUCCUCGAUCGGUGCAAGAUGGAGGCCAGCAGCCGAAACAAUUCUGAAGUGGUCAAGUACCAAAUGGAGCAAAUUGCAGAAAUGAACAAACAGCUCAUGAUGACCAACCAGAUGGCGCUCGCCGGCGUCAUGGGCACGAAACUUCCCACCGCGGUAAAGGAAAGCGCCGCAGCAGCUGCUGCGGCCGCCGCCGAAAUCACUAAGGCGCAAAUGCUAACUAACGCAGCCGCGGCUUCUGCUGGAAAUAAAGGUUCGUCCUUCGGUGGAAAGGGUGGUGGGAAAAACAACCCCAACGCGAUGCCGUUAGGCGGAAGCAAGGGCAGCGCCAGUGGAAACAACCAAGCCACUUCCUCCUCCGGUGGUUUGAAAGCUUUGAAACCUAUGUCCGCUUCGUUAAACGACUUGAAGGCGGGCGAUUGGUUGAAGAACCAAAUUGAGGAGAAGCAAAGACAGAUGCGACUCAAAUCCGGCUGCUUGGACAUCGUCGACUGCUCGCACGUAUCAACUGCAAAAAUGUCUGGGUCUGGAAGAUUGCGAGAUUUGUGAUGCAAUUCUGCCAAGGUCCGCAAACUCUGUAAUGCAGGGCUUAGCAUCACAAGUUCUGCAGUCCCUUGGUAAUGCCUAUUCUGCAUGAGAAAUCCGCUCUCAGUACGGCCAGAAAUAUGCAUCUUUUGCAAGUCACGCAAGACAGCUUUUUGUGUGAACCGCAACAAGCAUGACAAGUUCCGAUUCUUCCAGACCCAGACACUUUUGCAAUCCAUAGCACGAAACCAACAUGACGCGCGCUUUGUUAACCGCCUGCUUCCCGAUCGCCGCUUCUGCAAAUCCGACCAACUGCGACAACUGUAAGUUUGUUCGCUGCUUGGUGGACGACGUCCGCUGCGAACCGGACCGGAAUUCGGUUGUAAACAACCUCUGCAGCAACGCUCUGAAGCCCCAGCAGUCUAAGCAGGUGCAGCAACAAAAGGGGCGGAAUCUGGCCGUGGCUGAUCCGACCUUGAAGGGCUUGGCGAUCGGAAAGAACUUCAACCCGGACGCGGGUAUCGCGUCCUACUUAGUCGCGUACUUCGAACGAUCCUCGAACGCGGUAUCGACCGACACGAAGGCGACGCAAACCGCCCGGGACUGCACUCUUGUUUACGACCCGAUGCCGUUGAUUUUGCUCAACCCCUUACUCGAUUUGAAGAAGUGCGAACACUACCAAUCGAAGAACAACGAAUUUAUCCUUCCUUGUGUCACGAAGUUGAAGAAAAUUCCCACACGGGGAGCCAUCCCUGCGCCGGUUGGGCCGCUUCAUGUAGCGAUAGGUGGAAAUAAAAACGCUGGUGCAACUAGUGGUCAACAACAAGGUCCACUUGGGGGGCAAACCGCGGCGGACCUCGAGAAGAAGGCGCAGGAGUACAAUCCGGUGAUUUACGAAUUGUCCGCUCACAAAACGAAAGGCAUGGACGAGGAGAAGAAGCAGCACGUGACGAGGUUGUAUUUGGAAUUCUGCAAUGAGAUGAUCGGCGACACGGUGUUUGAACUCCGGGUAUGCAAGAAAAAAAACUGUGUAAGUGUAAGUCUGUGAUGCAGAAAAUGCAAAACAGUAUACUCUUGUCAUGCUCCACUACAUGCGUGGUAGGCUCGCUUCCUACGUGUUUUCCCGUCCUAUUUACGCAUGACAAGUUUUUCCUGUCAUGGCAGACGAACUUGUGAUGCUGUUUUCCCAAAACAAGACCUACACUAACACAGUUUUUUUCUUGGAUACCGGGCCAUGGUAAUUCAACUGAUCGAACUGAUGCUCGCGGGGAAUCAAAAUCUGCUGGAAUCCGUGCAUAAAGAGCAGAAGAAGAAGCGGGACAAUCGAGAGAGGGAUCGAGUUGCGGCUGCACGAGAGCGAGCAGACCGGGAUGACAGAGAUCGACGUCGCGAGGACAACAACAGCUACCGUGGCAGGCGGAACAGCACAGACCGCGACCGCCGUGGUCGUGACCGGAACUACAGUCCUAGGAGAAACAGUCCGAGAAACAGUCACAGAGACACCCGCGACCACGCAGACCGGUACAGUCCCCGAAACAGUCGUCGCAACGACAGUCGAGAAAAGCCUCCUGUACGAGGACCUCCGCCUAGACGGGACGACAGCCGGAGAAGAGCUCCUCCUACGAAAAUGGACACCGAGGAGCCCCGGGGACGGCAAAACACCAACUACAGCCGAUUCAACGAUAGCUUCAACCACGAGGGGAACCAUCACGCGGACGUGCCAAGUGACAAGGAAGAUAGCCGGGGACCACCUGCUUUACCCGAAGGAGGGACUGCUGGUGCGCUGUCGAAAGGUACAGGCUCUAGGAGCAACCGGAAUGACAGCCGGAACCGGAACCAGAGUGCGCCUGCGGGGAAUCCUCGCAGGAACGAUAGCCGGGGCGGUAGAAGGAACAAUGACAGUCGCAGGAGAGGACCACGCGGCCGACGAGACAGCCGUGGGCGCGGUCGCGGUGACAGUCGUGCGCGCAGAGUUCUCGCGCCGCUCCGACGCGGUGCUGGUGCGAGGAAGGAAAGUCGGUCCAGAGAACGUAGUCGAGAUCGCGAAUUCAUCGAUCCUGCGGUGUUUGACGAGAAAAAUCAACCUUCGCAAAAAAGGGACCAGAGCAUGAACAACUCGAGUGGUAGUGCUGCUGCUGGUGUCACGACCCAGCAGUUGCAGAAGAAGGACCACACCAGCCCGGAAGCUGUCGUGGAAAAAAAAGAGGAGAGGAAGUUUUUCUGGGAUGACGCCCGAGCAGAAGAACCAGUCCAACAACGCCGGAACCCGCUGUUCGCUAAAUCUUCGGAAGCGCCGGCACUGCCGAACGGGCCACGACAGGACUACAACCUGCAGCAGGAUCAGCAGUGGAACCAACAGCAAUGGGGCGGUCCGGGUGGUCGGGACAACAACGAGAUCAGCCGGGACUGCUUGUGGAAGUGCAGCCGGGCGAUCACCGCGAUUGCCGAGAUUCUGCUCGAGGGUGCGAAACUGUACGAGAUUUCGGUUCCGGACAUGCAUAAAGUGAUGCACGAGUCUGGGGCCGCGAAGAUGGCCACCGUGGGGAAGUAGAGGUUGGAAGCGCAGUGGACGCCGUUUCUGCAGCCAGGUGGGUAGGAUUUAAGCAAAGGUAAAGGAAGAGGAAGAGCUCCUCGUGAGCAGAGAACAAAGUAAAGAAGCCUAUGCUUUGAAUUUGAUUUGUUUGAAAAUGCAUUGUAAAUUUUUCACCGGCGAAUAAACGAACUGCCUAGCAGCUAGCAAGAAUUAUAGUUUCAACUCAUGCGCAUGAGAAGAUGACGAAUCUCCUCGAGUAUUGACUGGAUGGCAGAACCUAUUCGGACAUCUAAAGAAGCUAUAUGCACCGCGUCAACAUAGCAGCGUCGAUGCUGGAGUCACAGAUGAUCACGACGGCCCAGUAUAUUUUCCGGCUCCAUUCAUUGAUAGAUCCACCAAAACUCACCAGACGUGAUUUCGCUUUUUAUAAUUCUUGAACUCGAAGUUUGAAACCAAAGCUGCGCAAUGGAAAAAUAAGAACAUCGGAGGACGACCUUGAGAAGGUGCAGGAGUGCGCGCGAUCCGUCGCCUUUAUUUUCGUUUGUCUCGUU